UCAAGCCAUGCAGCAGACCCUCUCGUACUCAUCACCAUCGCCAUCCCCAUCCCCGAUGCCCAUGCCAUCCGCAUCAGCCUCACAGUCGCCACCGCCACCGCCACCGAUCCCGAAUCCGAAUGCGACAGCAAAUCUGAACCUAGGUCCAAAUACGAACCCAAUACCACGACCCAGAUCCACAGGUGGCGAGUCCCGGUAUCCGGUACCGGUACCGGCCAUCAUCCCGGUUGAUUAUAGCUAUCGCACCCACACCACCCGCUCCAUUCUCUCCGCCCAAUCGAUGGCACCCUCCACGUUCGCCUCCAAUCAGAGCUUUGUGCGCCAGCCCUCGGAGUCGGAUGCUCAGCCGUAUAGUAGCCUCUUUGGGGAUCCGGUUCCACCGCCCCUCCAGCUGGAUGAUUACUUCGGCACAGCAGCCUUCGAGACGUUACGCAAUGCGUCUGUGGAACUGCCCAGCUCCGAGGAGGAUGCGCUGGUGGCCGCCAUGGCGCUGAACGCACUGCUUCCGGCGGCCAGGGAGCGCAUCUUCCCGAGUGUGCCGUACACAAGGACACCUCGAGGAUCCCUGCUUCCGUACCUCCAGCCACCCGACAUCCAGAUCCUGCCCAACUCAAGUGGUGGCUCCAGUUCAGAGCAACUGGGCUCACCAAACUAUCGCCUCCUGGCUCCCGAUGACAUUCUCAACAAGCCGGACGUGUACGACUUGGAGAACGAGGUCGAGGAGUACACCGUAGUCGGUCAGAGGAUGUCUUUCGAUGAUGAGGAAGAUGAGCCGGCAAGGACUCCUAGCCAAGCGCCCGCCAAGUUGAGUGUGUCCAGCAUCACGACGGACGAUCACAGGGGAUUACUCAGUGACUCCUAUUCGGGUAGGGACUGGUUCCGUCCGGCGCCACAGCACUUUCCCGAGUUCACACGUAUCCCUCGAUUGCGGCCCAGCUCCAAGAUGGUUAUGUCCAUGAAGCAGGAUGAAGGACCUCUCUCCCCGCUGGCCACCAUGAUCCAGGACAUGAACAGCUCGAGCAGCGGCGGAGAGGAGCGGGUGGCGCCCAACGAAAGUAGGCCAGUUAGCAGGGACGUUGUACUCUCACCGAAGCAAUACCUGGAGGAACAGUUGGGUCUGGAAAGAGGCAGCGAGAGACAGUCCCUGGUGGACUAUAGAAUGCCACCUCCACCGGCAGACCCGCCCCCUUUCCACCGAACUGACCCGACGGAGGAUAUUGACAACCGGAGUGUGGAGCCUGAGCAUAGCUUAAAGCGGGAAAUGUCACCAGUCAUCAUCAGGGAUUCCAUACCUAUGGGCGGAGAUUAUAGAGUGGAACAACCUCGUCCACACAAGAAGACUGCUUUCACCAUACUUUCCACGGGACAGGCGGCUCCUUCGGCUCCUCGGCCUCCGCAACAAGCUCCCACCAGAGGGAGGCACGCCUCCAUCCAGUCGACAUCGACGACUACCUCAUCGCCCGCCGGCAGGCCACAGAUCAGUCCUCGCCGGAGAUCGAUCUUUGGCUCAGAGCCACGACUGCCAGAGCUGCCUUCAUCGCUGGGUUACGCCAGUCACAUCGUCCACCAGACCACGGAUGACUCGCCACGUCCCUCGGUGCAGUUCAAUAUGAGUGGACGCCAUAGUCGCAGCAAACUGGCCAUUCCCCAGAAGGGCAUCCUCCAGCAGCGGGACUCGCUGACCUCCUCCAUCGACACCUUCACACCACGAGCCCAAAUAAGAAGGGGAUCCAUGGGCAGGGAUACCAUCCGCAGCUUGCCCUAUGGCCAAAAGAUCAAGAGCAUGGAAUCGCUGCCCAUGAUAACCGAUCCGCAUCGCAGCGCCAUUCCCCGCCUGCACUAUGGGUCCACCAUGGAUCUGAGCAGGCCGGAGACGGCUGUCUUUCCGCCCGGAGCACUGCCGCGUCCACUGAAGCCAAAUCUGAAUCCCACGCGAAGGCAACGCGGUCUGCUGAAGAUCAUUAACAAGGAGGAGUCGCUCGCCCGCAGCCCGCCGCGUUCCAACUGGUGCAGUUUGGAUGACCUGAGUCGGCCCUCCUUUGAUGGUACUCCCAACCAGGCAAGACGUCGCUCCAGCUCCACCUCACCGGAGCGUCGCAGCUCCACGCAAACGGUUUCGGAUCGCAGGAGUUCCAACCUGAGCAGCGUUACCGCCACCACCUCGGACUUCAGUUUCCGCCGACCCACGCUCUCCACACUGCCAGCAGCUCACACACUGUCCCGGAUCCGGCGGAAAUCUGUGCAGGCUCCAAGUCCGAACCGUAUACCCAACAGGAUUCCCAGCUUCGGACAGCGUAGGCAGUCCAUCUACCAGAGGGAUCAGGAACCCAAGCCGCUAAGCCGGCACGGCAAGAUCGCCAAGCCGAGCACACUGUCGCCCAUCAUUGGAACUCCCAAUAAGGACAGCAGUUCGGCACAGAGUCCCACCCACAGAUCCUCGCUGAUGGGCGAUGCCGCGGAUACACCAUCCGAGGUUUCCACGCGGCGGGACUCGGUGUCCCGCAUACCCGUUCGCAAAAGUCCAGACUCACGCUCCAGUUCGCCACCCAAGGACUUUGGAGUCACUGCCUCUGGACGAAGCUCGCGGGCAAGCAUAACGCGGUCUCCUAGCAGAACCAUGAAUGCCGGCAGUCGAUCUCCUUCCAGAUCCAUGCAUCCCAGCAGAACGUCCUCGAGGGAGAGUGGAAGACCUGGGGACUCGAGGUCCGCAUCCAGGGGCCCACCUUCCAGGCCUGGUUCCCGAUUGGAUCAGAUCAGUUCCCGUAUGGAUCGGUCCAACUCUCGCCUGGAGAGAUCCAGCUCACGCGCCGAAAGAUCUGGUUCUCGUGCGGAGAGGUCCAGUUCCCGUGCAGAGAGGUCCAGUUCCCGUUUGGAUGUGUCCAACUCUCGGGGAAACUCACGUGCGAACUCGCGACUGAGCAUCAACUCCUCGUCGCUGCGGUCGUCCAGCAUUUCACCCGCUACCAUGGCCAGGAACAGGAGUAUGCGUGCCACAACACCCAGUCGCCGGAAGUCCAUCUCCCUGAGUCCAGCCAGUGCUAUGAUGAGUCGCCGGAAAUCAAUCAGUCCCGAUGGCUUUGGCCAAAGCAGAAGAGUGUCUAGUCGGGGUAAGCCCGAGCCACCAGAGAUUCUAUCGCGACGAAACUCCCGCUCCCGUAUUCCCACCAGAUCGACUAAAGUUGCGUCCAAAUCCCCGCCGUCCUCGUCCAAGAAGAGAUCGAAAUCGCCGGAGAAGACCAAAGCCAUGGGCAUUACGCCCAAGAGCAGCAAAGUUGGAAAAGGGGCAACCACUAAGGGCAGCCCCAAAGCGAAGCCCAAGAUCCCUGCAAGUGCCAAACCAAAGACCAAGACGGAAUCCUCGAUAAAACCACCAGCGAAGAAUGCAAACAAAACUCCUGUAGGUGGCAGACAAACCACAAUUGCAAAAAAACCAGUCACCAAGGGGAUGUCCAACAAGGAUGCAAAAGUGGAGAAGGGAAAGGCGACUGGGAAGACUGUGGCUGCCAAAAACAAUGGCAAAGAAACCGAGUCUUCCGUGAAGUCCAGCAAAUCCCAAGUCACAAAAACUAAACCACCUGGCGGUACAACAACGGAGCCCAAGAAGCCAGUCACCACAAAAACGCAUGGAAUCACGUUAGAGAAAGCAGCAAAUGGAUCCAAUCCCACAGGAGGAAUUCCUCCUUUGGCUGCCCAGGUGGGCAAUGCAGUUCUGCAGGCGGUGGAAGCGGUUCCUGCGGUGACCAGUGAGGUCACCGUACCCUCAACGCCAGGAGGCAAAGGAGCUGGGGGCGCCAACAUGUCGAAACUGGUGCGAAUGAGCUCCAGGAUGAGUCUGCUGAGCAACAAGAGCACCAAGAUGCGAUCGGAUUCUCCUCAAAACCGAAAGGUGGCCACCGUACAGGAACAUGCAACAGAAAAAGAUGAAGCAGUGGGAGCCAGCUCGCAACCCAUGUCCAAUGAUGCCGCUGCUAUUCUGGAAAAGUCGCAGAAAACUUUGGAGAAUAUACAGAAAACCGUCACCGAGGCCACCGAUGAAAUCCAUAAGACCAUCACCGAAAAUCUCACCGAUCUGAAAAGUCUGGAGAAUGACCUGGCCGCCGAUCCCUCGCCAACGCCCAGUUCGGGUACCACCAUGGCAAGACCUGGUGAAUCCGCCUCCCGAACGGGCACAGCGGACGGCAGCAUUGCUCCACAGAGUUCGGGGGAGCUGCCCAAGUCACCAUUUCCACCCACCCAACCCAUCGAAGCCUCCGUCUCGGUUGUGCAUCCCAAUGAAAGCGCCGCCGACCGAAUCUCCAGCGUGCCCGAGGUGGAAUGCGAGAGCUCUGAUCUUCCAGCGGCGCUGGACGCUUCCGAAUCCGAGCUGGGUGGUAAUGUAAUGCCCACGCCCGAGAGUGGAGCGGACUUCAAAGUGGACGCCAAGCGGCGAUCGCCGGACGGACAGGGAGGAUCCACAGCGGGCAGCGGAGGUCUGGCAAAGGGGGGAAACAGGCGGCGGUGGGUUGGCCAAGACCCUUGCCCCAGGAACCCAAACCGCACGAGGGGACCGCCUUUAAGGAAAUCCGUUCGUCGGCAGGUCGCGAAGUCCUCCCAAUCGCCGUCGCAGUCGGCGAAGCAAUUAAUACGAAAUAACCAUUCAGAUAAUACCGAUUUCGAAAUGCUGAACGGUACGCCGAAUAACGCGGUCAUAUACACGGUGGAUCUGGCCCAGGAUCCGUUCAUCGAUGGCGACAAGUACUUCUUUAGAAGCAGCAGUCAGGAGUUCCUUGAGGACAAGGAUAAUGCCAAGAAGGGUGGCCUGUGCGGAUGCUGCUCCAAGCUUUUCAUGCCCUGCCGUCGAUCCCGCUGCUGCCGCCGCCGUGAGCUUAACGAAUCCGCCGAGGAUCAGCCCGUCCUGUGGAGCGGCAACAGCAGUGCCACCACGGCCACCAAUGUCCAAGUGAUUGACGAGACCAAGCCGAAGCGCAAGAAGGUAUCGGAUUGGCUUAAGUCCAGCUGCUGCCGCAGCUGUCGCAAGAAACCCGUCACCCAGGAGGAGCAGGAAGCAGUUGAGGAGCCAGUGUCCAAGCGGACGAAGCAGGAGGCCAACAUGAGCACGGGACCAAGGACACGAGGCAAAUGCGGCCUCUGUCUGAGCAAGGUGUUCUGCUGUCGCUCGGUUAACAGGGUGGAUCCCACCACGGGCGACGAGACGGAGAUGAAGCAGUGCUGCUUUUGCAUACCAUGUCGUCGUGGCAGUCGACCCAACAAAAAGGGCAGCACCGUGUCCUGGCGGGAUCAGGACCCCGAGCUGGGCAUCAAGCCCACAGAGUCCUCGGUGCUGGAGGGCGCUUCAGAGGCAGCCAUGUCAGCGGCCACAGAUGCGGGAAAUGGACAAGUUAAGGAGGGAUGCUGCAAGCGCUUCUGGCUGAUGUUGCUGUGCUGCCGCAAAAGGAAGCGCCGCGAGUCCAACGCUCGGAGGCAGAGCAUCCGGGCGCCGCCACCCAGUGAGGACACGCGAAAGAAGCUGCACGUGGACCUGGUGGAGUACUCAUCGAAGAUGAAGGGAGCUAUACCCGUACUGCCGCUGUACCUGGCCUGGUUCUGUGCCUUCUGCAAUGUGGUUUUCCCAGGUCUAGGCACCCUGCUCUCCGGACUCUUUUGCCUGUGCGUGGGCAUUCCGCGUUUCUCGCAGUUCGACAGUGCUCGCGCAAGGAUCGGAUCCUUCAUCAUCAACAUUAUCGUGGCCGUGUCGCAGUUCUUCUGCGUGCUCUUCUGCUUCGUGGGAUGGGGCUGGUCCAUUUGGUGGGGCACCAUAAUGCUAAGAUGUGCAAAGAAACUGAGCAAGAUCAAAAAGGUGGAGCGUUUGGAGCUGGAGGAGGAGCAACGUCAGGCUCAGCUGGCGGAGGCUGGGAAAAACGGCGUCGCCGAGGCGGACAAGACAUAGUCCUUCCAUCCCGGAUACAACUAAGUUGCUUUUUAUACCAUUGUGUACAUACUUUUGUACAAAACAUGUAGAUUACGCAAAACACAUGCACUUCCACGUGAACUUCCAGGUUAAGCAAAAUGGAACAGAACUUCCCUUGGACAUGAGAUACAUAAUUGUAUAUGUAUUAAAAUCAUUA